AUGCCGUCCAACCGAUUAACCUACCGCCGGAGGCAUUCCUACAACACCAAAUCCAACAAGGUCCGGAUCAUCAAGACUCCCGGCGGCGAGUUGCGAUACCUCCACAUCAAGAAGCGUGGAACCGCCCCGAAAUGCGGUGACUGCGGCGAGAAACUUGCGGGUGUCCCCGCUCUCCGUCCCCAUGAGUACGCCCAGAUCUCAAGACCGAAGAAGACCGUCCAGCGUGCCUACGGCGGCUCGCGAUGCGCCAACUGCGUCAAGGACCGGGUCGUCCGCGCGUUCCUGAUCGAGGAACAGAAGAUCGUCAAGAAGGUCAUCAAGGAGUCUCAGCAGGGGCAGAAGAAGCGAUAG